AGGCUUUAUUUUUCCCCUCUACCACAGAAAUUCCUCUGGCUAUGACUUUAUCCCGUGAACGGCAACGCACCCAUCUCCAUCCGAGACAGACUCGAGGUAAAGGAAGCGUGGAAAUGUGCUAUUGGAUAAAGCUGUCAGGAUCUUGGGUGCCAUUGUUCUUUCUACUCAGCCUCGUUCCCUCUACUGAGACAGACAGACCCUCAACCCAGGACAGCAGCGGCUCUGGGAGUCCAGGCCAACUGGCAGACAUACUGCGGGUUCUCACUGCUGGAGAUCACCCACCCCUCAACCUUUCAAGAAGCCUCAUCAGAACCUUGUUGGAGAAAACUGGGUGCCCACGGAGGAGAAAUGGAAUGCAAGGAGAAUGCAAUCUGUGCUUUGAACCAGAUGCACUGUUACUAAUAGCUGGUGGAAAUUUUGAAGAUCAGCUUAGGGAGGAAGUGGUCCAGAGAGUUUCUCUUCUCCUCCUCUAUUACAUUAUUCAUCAAGAAGAAAUCUGUUCUUCAAAGCUCAACAUGAGUAAUAAAGAAUAUAAAUUUUACCUACACAGCCUACUGAGCCUCAGGCAGGAUGAAGACGCCUAUUUCCUUUCACAGAAUGAGACAGAAGAUAUCUUGGCUCUCACCAGGCACUACUUUGACACUUCUAGGAGCCAGUGUAUGGAAACCAAAACAUUGCAGAAAAAGUCUGGAAUACUAAGCAGCAAUGGUGCUGAUGAAAAUACCCUGCCUCAGCUGGCGGCGACAAUCAUAGCUUUGUCCCUCCAAGGUGUUUGUCUGGGACUAAGAAACUUGCCUUCACCAGACUAUUUUACGGAAUACAUUUUCGGUUUUUUGAAUAGUACAAAUACUCUCCAUCUAUCAGAACUAGACAAACUUCUCAACACUCUCUGGACCAGAAGUACCUGUAUCCAAAAGGAUAAAAUCCAUCAACUUCAAAGGAAACAAAGCAACAUAACUAUCCAUGACUGGGUCUACCCUGAUCUAUCUGUAUCCGCGGACAAAGAGUCAGAUGAUGGACCAAUCUCCUGGGAUCAGACUUGCUUCUCUUCGAGGCAGCUGGUGGAGAUAUUUCUACAAAACAGCCACAUCACAUCCAUUUCUAAGGAGGACUUUAAGCAAAUGAGUCCCGGCAUCAUCCAGCAACUUCUCAGUGGCUCUUGCCAGCUGCCCAAGGAGCAGCAAGCGAAGCUGCCACCCACCGCUCUGGAGAAAUACGGCUACAGCACAGUGGCUGUGACCCUCCUCACUCUGGGCUCCAUGUUCGGGACUGCGUUGGUCCUUUUCCACAGCUGCGAGGAGAACUACAAGCUCAUUUUACAGCUGUUUGUGGGCUUGGCUGUUGGAACUCUCUCUGGAGAUGCUCUGCUCCACCUCAUCCCACAGGUUCUUGGUUUACAUAAGCAGGAAGUCCCAGAAUUUGGACAUUUCCAUGAAAGCAAAGGUCAUAUUUGGAAACUGUUGGGAUUAAUUGGAGGCAUCCAUGGGUUUUUCUUGAUAGAAAAAUGUUUUGUUCUUCUUGUAUCACCAAAUGACAAGAGAGGCCCAGAAGAUUCACAGGCAGCUGAAAUUCCCAUAGACAGUGUAACAGCCUCCAGCAGAAAAUGCAAAGCCAUUAGCCUGUUGGCAAUAAUGAUUCUGGUUGGGGACAGCCUGCAUAAUUUUGCAGAUGGCCUAGUGAUAGGAGCAGCCUUCUCAUCUUCAUCUGAGUCAGGAAUGACCACCACAGUUGCUAUCUUGUGUCAUGAAAUUCCACACGAAAUGGGAGACUUUGCAGUGCUCUUAAGCUCUGGACUUUCUAUCAAGACUGCCAUCCUGAUGAAUUUCAUAAGUGCUCUAACUGCCUUCAUAGGACUAUACGUUGGCCUUUCAGUGUCAGCUGAUCCAUGUGUUCAAGACUGGAUCUUCACGGUCACUGCUGGGAUGUUCUUGUAUCUAUCCUUGGUGGAAAUGGUAAGCUUCGUGGUCAUCGGCUCAUUCUGUUCCGCCUUUGAAUCUGUGUAUGACGCCUAUACUUCCAGCUAA